UCUCAUCAUGGCUUACAAUCUCUCUCCAGAUAAAAUAAUACUAACACAUGAAGAGGCUAAUAUUGCAGAAAAAAAUGGAAACAUUUUACAUAAGAUUGAGUUUCCAUUCAAUAAUUGUAUCGUUCAAGCUAGAAGUGUAAGACAUGAUAACAAAUUUGAAAAGAAGGGCUUAUAUCCUGUUGUAUUAGAGGAUUUAUUUAACAAGAGGCUGGAGCUUAAAGCAUGUCUGGCCCCACUAGGAAAGAAAAGGCAACAUCUUGGAAAGAUAAUAAGUUCAGCUAAAAAAAGAGGCAAAUGGAUUCCAGAAAGCUUAAAUUCAGAAUAUUCAUCCAUAUACUUCGAUUACGAUUAUUGGGAUUCGAAGCAAAAAGCUUUAAAGGUAUAUAUGAAUACUUUUUAUGGGGAGGCAGGUAACUCAAAAUCUCCAAUCUUUCUCCAUAAAUUAGCUGGAGGAACUACUUUAGCAGGAAAAUAUAACCUUAAUCUUGUCGCAGAAUUCGUAACAAAGAAAGGGUUUGGGAUAAAAUAUGGUGAUACUGAUUCUUUAUAUCUCACCUGCCCAGAUAAGUAUUAUGAAAAAUGCGAUGAAGCCUUUUUCAGAAAAGAUCUUUCUACAGAAGUGUACUGGACCGAAAUGGUCAAUAUUACUAUGAUUGUGAUGAAAAGCUUGCGUGAUCAAGUAAAUGCAUAUCUUGAGAUAAAGAAUGGCACAUUUUAUCUUAAGAUGGCAUAUAAAGAGGUAUUAUUUCCCAUCUGCUUUGCUGGCAAGAAAAAAUAUUUCGGUAUAUCACAUGAAGAUGUGAUUAAUUUUAGGCCAAAUGAUCUCUUUAUGAGAGAAAUUAAUACUGUAAAGCAAGGGAAUUCUGAGCUCUUCAGGUUUAUCAAAGAAAAGAUUAUGUGGGAGGCAAUGGGUAUCAAUAACAUAUGUUCAAUUCGUAAAAUUAUUGAAGAUGCUCUCUGGGAUGCUAGAUUUAAGCAAGCGGAUGAGAGAAAGAAUAGCAAGCAGAAAAAAAAUAUAAAGAUCCCUGAUUCUGGCGAACGCUUUAGCUAUAUUGUUGUGAAUGACGGCCCUCGUUAUAAAAAAGAUGGUUCAAAAUCGACAAGAAAG